AUGUCAGCCAACUUGCGAUCCACGUCAAACGCCCUGAAAGACGCCAGCCUGGCAACCAACAAAGAAACAGAACCGACUCCGAACCCACAGACGGAGGGGCCCACCGACCCGGUAGCUGACCAAGGUGGUCAGAGCCAACCAGCGGCAAAACAACCUACAGCCCCCAAGCCCAAGCCCCCGAAGAAACAAACUAAGACAAGUGGGACCCCAAAAGACCCAGCCCCAGACAACCCAGACGCACCAGCGGAAGAAACGUUGACGAUUGACCGUGAGAAGGGCCUCCAAAUGGUACUCGGGACAAAACAUAUCAUUGAUGUCAACAACCCAAACACAGAGGUUGCCAAAGACAAAAUGUCCAGGGCGGAGCGACUUUGA